AUGGCUCUGGCUGGCUCUGUGGAGCGGCCCUUCCUGCCGCCUCUCCCUCUCCAGGUGAAAGCCUGGGGUCCUCCGACUCCUACUAGCAGUUCCGGGUCCUUGCCAAGUGAAGGGCGCAUGCGCGUCCCACAGGGGUGUCCAGGGCGGCCAGUGCGGGAUGCAGUUUUAACUGCCUCCCGCUGGGCAGCCUCCGCUGCAGCUACCCGCAGCACCCCCUAUUCUGGCUCAGUGCUGGCCAGAGAGAGGGCAGAGCGUGAAGAGGAUGGAUCCGGAGGGCUUCCUGGAGGAGGCGAGCUUGUCCUUUGGACAGCAUUUAGUCAUAGCUCCAGUCUUGCUAAGCAUGAGAGAAUCCACAUUGGGGAGAAACCUUAUGAAUGCAAGCAAUGUGGAAAAGCAUUUAGUCUGAAGUCCAACCUUGCUAUACAUCAGAGAGUCCACACUGGGGAGAAACCUUAUGAAUGCAAGCAAUGUGGGAAGGCAUUUAGUCAUAGCUCCAGUCUUGCUGCACAUCAGAGAAUCCAUUCUGGGGAGAGACCUUAUGAAUGCAAGCAGUGUGGCAAGGCAUUCAAUGAGAGGUCCAGUCUGGGUGUACAUCAGAGAAUCCACACUGGAGAGAAACCUUAUGAAUGCAAACACUGUGGAAAGACAUUCAAUAAGAGAUCCAGACUGGUUAUACAUCAGAGAGUCCACACUGGGGAGAAACCUUAUGAAUGUAAGUAUUGUGGAAAGCUAUUCAGUAACAGGUCCAAUUGGGCUGUACACCAGAGAAUCCACACUGGUGAGAAACCUUAUGAAUGCAACCAGUGUGGAAAGCUAUUCAAUGAGAAACCCAGUCUGGUUGUACAUCAGAGAGUCCACACUGGGGAGAAACCUUAUGACUGUAAGCAAUGUGGAAAGACAUUCAAUGAGAAAUCCAGUCUGGUUGUACAUCAGAGAAUCCACACUGGGGAGAAACCUUAUGAAUGCAACCAGUGUGGAAAGACAUUUAGACGGAACUGUGUUCUUACUCGGCAUCAGAGAAUUCACACUGGAGAGAAAGCUUAUGAAUGCAAGCAGUGUGGGAAGACAUUCAGGGACAGCUCCUGUCUUGCUUUACAUCAGAGAAUCCACACUGGGGAGAAACCUUAUGAAUGCAACCAGUGUGGAAAGACAUUUAGGCUAAGAUGCCAUCUUGCUGAACAUCAAAGAAUCCACUCUGGUGAGAAACCUUAUGAAUGCAAGCAAUGUGGAAAGACAUUCAACUACAAGUCCAAUCUGGUUGUACAUCAGAGAAUCCACACUGGGGAGAAACCUUAUGAAUGCAACCAGUGUGGGAAGACAUUCAAUGAGAGAGCCAGUCUGGUUGUACAUCAGAGAAUCCACACUGGGGAGAAACCUUAUGAAUGCAACCAGUGUGGAAAGACAUUUAGACGGACUUCCGUUCUUAAUAAGCAUCAGAGAAUCCACACUGGAAAGAAAGGUUAUGAAUGCGAGCAGUGCGGAAAAACAUUCAAACAGAGCUCUGAUCUUACUCAGCAUCAGAGAAUCCACACUGGAGAGAAAUGUCAUGAGUGCAAGCAAUUGACAUCAUCUAGUGUGGGUUAUAUGACUGAAUUUGAACAGGACAUAAUUGAUGGGGACCUGGAGGUGGUGACAUUCAAGGAUGUGGCUGUGGACUUCACGAGGAAGGAGUGGCACCUCUUGUCCUCUCCCCAGAAGGAGUUGUACAAGGAGGACUUCGUGUUGUGUAAUGGGACCUUGAGGUUCCCUUUGGUGCUUCUGAAGUCAGAAAUCAAAUCCGUAUGGGAAAAUCUCAGAGGUUGA